UCUUUUCCCUUAGCUUCUUCUUCCCCCUUUAAUUUCUUAAGCACUUCUUUCAUACUCCCUAAGAAGCUAUUUCCAUGGCCACCGUUGAGAUCGUAUCUCCGAAUGCCACUCUCUUAGAAGACACGACGACUGUUAAAGAGACGGUCACAAAAGAAGAAGUCGAGGAACAAUCGUCACCAGACACGACAUCAAAAGAGAACGUAGAAGAAAAAGAAGAGAGUGUUAAAGUUGACGAAGUUGUUGAUGAAAAAUCGUCAGAUGAUUCAGAAGCCGUUGUUCCAAAUGAAAAAGUUGAAGCAACGGCUGAAGAGGAAGAGGAGGAAGAUGAGGUUGUUAUUCUAACAGAUGAUGACGAGGUCGAGGAAUUAGAAUAUAAUGAAGAAGCUGCAGAAGUAGCCAAGGAAGAAAACGACAAACCCGACGAGUCAUCGGUCGUACCGGAAGCCAAAGCUGUAGUAUCAGAGGAGGCAGAGGAAGAAGAUGAGAAGAAAGAUGAAGCCGCAGAGGAGAAGAAAGAGUAAGGAAAUAUGGGAUAAAAAUUAGGCAAUAUGAUGCAUGGGAUGGGAUAGAGUUGUGUGUUAAAAUAUUAGUGUGUGGAAUAUAUGUUUGGAAGUUUGGAAGUUUGGAAGCCACCUAAAGAGUCUCUUGACACGUCAUUUUCCACGUGGCAAAUAAAGUGUUGGUUUGGCUUUUGGUUGUGUAAUGGUAUAGGGCAAAAUUGGGGUUUGUCCCAUAAUUUUAAUUAUAUAUGAGAUGUAUUUUUAUAAGGAGUGGAACUGCUGCCAUUAUGUUCAUCAUAUCAAGAUGUAUAUUUUAAUAUUUUCAUCUUGGUUGGAACUUGUGUUUAUAUAUGUUGGGGAAUGAGAUUUUGUAUUGUUGUAUCCCAUUCUCUAAUUUGCUGAAAAAAAUGAAUCAAUUAUAUUCAUUUUUUUA